AUGGCAGCAUCACAAACAGUCCGUCGAAUGAUCGGCCGCGACCUCGGCGGCGUGGUCGCCAGCUCAUCCUCAGUCUUCCGGACCAGCCCGGCCAUCCUAGUCGCCGCCCAUCCCGGCCGCCGAUCGUUCUCCACCUCGCUCGUCUCUAGACUCGGCAAUCCUCCCCCUAUGGCUACUUCCCCGUUCAAGGAACCUGCUGGGCGGAAUCCCGCCGACGCUUAUGUCGAGGUCUCGUCAGUAUACAAGGACGAGCUGACAUUAUACACGGCGCCGAGCGGGAUCGUGGGGACACUGACGUUCCUGCGGGACCACAAACAGUGCCAAUACAAGCAACUCAUCGACAUCAGCGGCGUCGAUUAUCCGACCCGCCCCAAACGCUUCGAGGUCGUCUAUCAUCUCUUGAGCAUCCAGUACGCUUCUCGCCUCCGCGUCAAAACUUACGCCGAUGAAGUCAGCCCGGUCCCGAGCGUCUCCGGCAUCUUUAGGAGCGCCGAUUGGUUCGAACGGGAAGUCUAUGACAUGUUUGGCGUCUUCUUCCAUAACCAUCCCGAUCUGAGACGGAUCUUGACCGAUUACGGGUUCGAAGGAUAUCCGCUCCGGAAAGAUUUCCCAUUGACGGGAUACACGGAGGUGCGAUACGAUGAAGAGAAGAAACGGGUGGUCUAUGAGCCCUUACAACUCUCACAAGCGUUCAGGAACUUCGAGGGAGCCAAUUCACCGUGGGAACAGACCGGACAUGGGAAGGACCCCAGGCCGGAUCACUUCAAGUUACCCACGCCCGAGCCCACUGCCGAUAAACCUAAAUCGUCUUGA